CCAUCUUGAAUUAUUGAGCAAUUUUCUGUGUUUGGUAACUCUCAUCUCUAGUGUUUUAUUUUUGUUCCAGUAAGGCAAAAGAAGCAAUCUGCAGCGAGCAGUAGUACGUACCUACGACGAAUCAUUGAGCAAGUCCAUUAUUGCACAUUGAAAAGAAAAGCAUACUGAAACUGAACAGAUAUUUGUACUACAUCACUGCAAUAUGGGCAGUAAUACACUCUCCACUCAAAUUGAGGAAAAGCUUGCUAUCUCAACUUGAAUUGGUAAAUAGUGUCGUAUGUAUAAAGUGCAUGAGCUAUUAAGUGAUGUAAACAAGAAGGCUUACAAGCCUACGCUGCUUGCCAUCGGUCCUUACCACCAUGGCAAUGUUGGCCAGGGAUUUAUAGAAGAGCAUAAAUUGUGCUAUCUGCAACAAAUGCUUAUAAAAACAAAAGGAAGUGUAGAAGCAUACAUCACGACCUUAAGAGAAUUGGAAGAACCCGCUAGUAAAUGCUAUGUAGAAUGCAUUAGCCAGACCUCAGAUCAAUUUAUAUAAAUGAUGCUACUUGAUGGGUGUUUCAUUAUGGAACUGUUUCGCAAGUAUGAAAUCAACAAGAAAACAAGACAAGAGGAAUAUGACCCAAUCUUUCAAAUGGCAUGGAUGCUUUAUACAAUAGAUCAUGAUCUGUUGUUAUUUGAAAAUCAACUUUCAUUAUUCAUUCUUGCUAAAUUGUUCGGUAUGAGUGAGAAUAAUGGAUCCAGAACUCAUAUCGAUGUGAAAGAUGGAAUUAGUGUUGAAAGUUCUACCUCCACAGCUCAGGUAAUCCAAACACAACUUAAAGAUCUUGCCCUCAAUUUUUUCUCUGGCUUUCUACCAUUUAAAUGGAAUGACGAUGCAUCAGGUUAUAAUUCAACCAAAAAGAUUAAGCAUCUACUUUGUUCGGUGCAUGAAGCUCUCACCCCUUUGCUUCUAGAGAUGGUAUGUCAACGUUUAAAGGUCGGGUUCAGAUUCAAGAACACAGAGUUUGAGCAUCUCCUUGGUCUCAUACAUGCAACCAUUGGUAUUUCAUUACUUGAUACGGAAAUAGCUCAUGCGAGAGAAUGUCAAGAGGCAGAGAUAUUUAAGCGCCUAUUUGGUCUGAUUCGUGAAUGUAUCAUUCCAUUACUUGCAAAAAUGGAAAAUAUGAGGAAGGCAAUUUUUUACACCAGUGAAUUUCAGAAAUCUGGAUUCAUAGUCAAUAUGGAAGAGAUUGAAGAUUGGACAUCAAUUCCAUUUGGCUUAGAGUUUCAGAAGGCUGGAGUUGAAUUCAAUAUGGCAAAGAAAUUUAAGGAUGAUGGAGGUAAGAUUUCGAACUGGUUAACAAUACGUUAUGCCACUGAACUUCAAGAGGCUGGAAUUGAAUUUCACAAGGCAAAGAAAUUUCAAGAUCUACUCGAUCAUCGAAAUAGGAAUGAAGACCAGAACUCAAAACCGUGUGAAACAGGGACGCAAAUGGAUGGAGUUGAAUUAAAGGCAGUAGAGAAAUUGAAGCGUCUACUUUGUCUCAACAAGAUUGAAAACUGGAAGUCAGUACCUUACGGCAAAGAGCUUCACGAGGCUGGAGUCGAAUUCAACAAGGCAAAGAAAUUUAAGCGUCUACUUGCUCUUAGAGAAAUUGAAGCCAGGAACAUACAUGGUGCUACAGAGCUUGCAAAGGCAGGAAUCAAAUUCAAGGCAAAGAAAUCUGAUGUGUUUUCCAUAAAGUUCAACAAUGGGCUAAUGGAGAUUUCACCUUUGAGCAUAGAAGAUCAUACAGAGACUUACUUACGAAAUCUAAUUGCAUAUGAGCAAUAUUGUCAUCAAGAUAACGAUGUGAAUUACGUCUACAACUAUGUGCACUUCAUGGAUCGUCUCAUUAACACUCCAAAGGAUGUUGAGUUACUCCGCCGAAAAGGAAUUAUCCAUAAUAAUUUGGGUGAUGAUGAAGUUAUUUCCACCAUGGUUAAUAAGCUUGGUCACCAUGUCAGAUUUUCAACCAAUAUUUAUGCUAGAACUAUCAUGGAUGUGAACGUGCAUUGUCGUAGACGCUGUAAUGUAUGGAUGGCAAAUUUAAGGCACGAUUAUUUCAACAGUCCUUGGGCAUGGAUUUCAUUUCUGGCUGCUUUCUUAUUGCUUGCACUUACAGUCAUACAAACCAUAUUUUCCAUUAUUCAUUAAGUUUUUCGUGCAGUGUGUUAAUCUUGAUGUUUGUUCUCGUAGUGAAAUGUAAUAAAUA